UUUGGCCGCGGGAAAAACGUGGAUCUCUCUGCGAAUAAUUUGCGCUUAGAAACUUGCUUAAUCCCACUGGAAGUUUCCGCUGCUACGGCAUUCUGAAUUGCACGCCCUGCUGGACUUUGGACAGCAACAAUUAUGAAUCAGGAGGAGAUUCCGACGAGGGUUACUCGCGGUGCCCUCCGGCGACGUUCUGUCGAUCAGGACGCCACACCACAGAAACCGGUCGCAACCACCGGGGUUUCUGGAACACCGAAGAAAACCACAAGCACAACUAAAAAAGCCGCGGCCUUGGACGCCAUUCAGGAGAGCGAUGUCGCUAGACCCUCCACACCGGUCGGUGGAAGGAAUAAGCGACGCGGAGCGUCAGAAACGGCGGAAAGCCCGCCACCAGCUCCGCUUAGUAACAAACUGGUUCAAUCGCUGAAAGAUGCCGAAUCGGAAAGAUCGUCGGGACGCCGGUCCCGCAACUCUUCGCUGAGCGAGGAAAACGUUAAUGCCUUCAAUGCCAGCAUGGAUGCCGGUGGAAACCGUCCGCGUACUCCCGCACGGCUGCGAUCGUCGCAGGAAGUGCUUACCAGCACCCCGCAGACGGCACCCGCUGGACUAAGACGAUCGACGCGACGGAACAGCGUAACUUCAGAUGAUGGAUCAAUUUCGGUGCAGUCGUUGCCGGUAACCAGUGCCGCUAAGACGGUGGGUGCUGGUUUGCGGGUGCUCAAGGAUGAAACGAUACUCGAGGAGGAUGGAAGCGACGAACGCGAGGGAUCCAUCAGCUCGGAAGUGCCAAGCCGCAACAACGCUCAUCGCAAAUCGCUGGUACCUAAGACGUCCUCUCUGAGCCCCAGGGAAGAAAACGGUUCGCCCAGACGUGGUUUACAGCACGAAAUCACGCCUACACGGGGUGCGUCAAAAUCACCUAACCUUGGCUCUGCGCUACGACAGCCGAAUAGCUCGACACGGCCAAAGAAUGUUUCGUUCUCGGAGGCACUGAAAUCGGAGGAUGAGCCAACUGCCUAUCCUAAGACGCCGCUCACAACGGAGAAAAAAUGCAUGCUUGUUUUGCGGGAUUUACGUGACACAUCACUAGUGGAGGGUGAGCUGAGGGUUAAUGCCGAGAUCAGUGUUUCGAGCCACCAGGCGGCAUUAAUCGGAAACAUGAAGGCAAAGACCCCGAGUAAAGCUGAACCGAUUGCAUCGAAUAAUGUUUCUGUAAGCAAGAAAACGGAGUCACCAUCGCCAUCCCCAUCAGGUGCGUCGUCGAAAGAAGAGCCUUCCGAAUCGUCCUCCGGAAACGUAGCAAACGAGGAAACGACAGUACACGACACAUCGGAGGUCGCCAUUGAGCAAAUGCCGGUCACUGGUGCGAGUGAUAUUAGCGGUGUCGAUAUCAUGGAAGCAUCGAUUGUGGACGCACCGGUAAGCCCAUUGAAGUCAGUUAAAAAGGAUGAGCGGCUUUCCAACUCCUGGACCCAGUCUGUGCGCGGAAGCAACGCCCAGAGCAUCGAUAAGUUUAGUGAGCAGAAGCAGGAGAUCGAUCAGAUUGAGCUAAAGAAGCAAGAGGAAGCAUCCAAAGCAUUAUUGCGCUCGCCGCUGGUUAGUGAGAAAUCGACUCAACAGCACGAUUGCACUGAUGAUGAGCAAGCUGAUGAGCAGGCUGACGAAGAUGAAACACCAGUUGGGGAAAAAAGCUUAUGGCUAGACGAUGAAGCGAUGGAAGUGGAUGGCUAUCAAUCUGGUGAUUCGAUGGACAGCGAGGAACGGCGUGAGAUGGAACAGAACGAAAUUCCCAUCGAUGGCGAGGAUCUCGGUAGCGAGGACACGGAAGAGGAAGACGAGCAGGAUGAAGAUAAUGACUCGUUUAUCGUUCCCGACGAUGAAGUAGAAACGGAACUUGAGGAAGAGUCGGAUGUAGAAAGUGGUGUUACUGGCGAGGAAAGCGAGUCCAAUGAGGGCCAUAAUGACAAGAACAGAUCACAGGUUUCUAACAACCGAUCUCCCCAAAAGCUCCCGAAAGAGGAUGAAAUUAAAGAGACGGCCAAGAGUCCGUGUACUCCCAAGAAUACGAACAGUUCGAAGAAAUCAGUGGCUACGCCUAGCGGUACACCAGUAAGGGAAGAAACCGCAAAUGUCAGCAAAACACCAGCAAAAGCAAAUACUCCGACUCAAAAAUCGCCUGCGCUUUCUGAGAAAUUUUAUUCUCCAAGUACAGAAGUAGCAACAGCAGAAGCAGUAACAUCACCGGGACAAGAGAAGAAUGUCGAUGACGAUGUAUCAUUUAUGCGAUCAACGUCUCCGCAAGAAUCGGAUAGCGCCGAAGAAACACUGGAUGCGACCGAAACGGCAGGAUUUGGAGAUGCAUCGCUUAGGGAAGCAAACAAACCAUCUAAGCCCGUAUCCCGUAAAAGCAUGCCGGCAGGAUCAAAGGUAUCCGAUGGGGCAACACCACUCCACACGAUGUCUGCCCGCAAAAGCCUUCCGGCCAACGUGAAACCAUCGAUUUCCGAUGCUGCACCGAGCCAGGCAAAGGCAGCUGCAACGUCUGCUGGGAAUGUUUCGGUGGAGAAAGAAGUGGUUGAAGAAUCCGAUGAUGAAGAUAUGUUCCACGAUACUGUGGAGAUAGUUAUUCCCGAUGAGCAAACAAGUCAAUCUGCCUCGCCCAACGGCAAAUCGAAUGAACUGUCCGAUCAAAUCAUCACGAAUAAACAAGACAUUCCCGAUGAACAACAGAACAACAAGGAGGAGGAGGAGGAGGAGGAUGGUGACGUGAACAGCAUUGACGAUGGCGAAAAGAAGCAUGGCCGUAAAUCAAUGCCAACCGUCCCGCUCACUUCGGCCCAGUUCUACCUUGGAGGGGCAAAGAAACGUAACACGAUUGCCGUGGGCAAUACCAUGCCGAGCUCCGCCGAGCCUAAGCCGACGAAGGAACAACACGUGCCCGCCGAAGAAAACAGCAAAUUAUCGCCCUCUACACAGUCUUCGUCCCUGGUGACUAAUCCUUUCGCAAAGAUAAAGUCUCCGGCUGCAAAGUCCGGUAGCCGUUUGUCGCUGGAUUCGUCGGUUCCGGCAGUGGUUGACAAAACGGUAACAAAAAAGCGAAACUCGUUGCCAUCGACCGCAGAAAAUGGUCGAGAGGUGCAAUCAGAUGCCAUGGAGGUGGAUGAGGAAUUGGACGAGGCAGAAAAAGAACCAAAAAUCGAUUCGGCGGACGAAGGCAAUAGUGAUGGUGACGAAAAGAGCGAUGAGGAAGAGCAAGAAAAAUCUUCACCACAUAUUAAGAAGCAGCAGCAGCCCAAAGCUGCCAAACCGUUGGAAGCGUUCGAUCUGGAAGCCGUGCUGUCCCGUUGCAACGAAGUGGUGCGUGCGACGAAGGAGCGCAAGAAGCAGAGUGCCUCCGCGUUGCAGAAGAAGAAGGAUCAAAAGAAGCGACUGCGCGAGCGUGAGGUUUCCGAUCAGGCGACAGACGAUGGGGAGGGUCAGCAGGAGCAGAAACGUAACCAUGUCACAACGGACGAGGAAAAGGGAGUGGAUACAAAGAUGCAGCAGCAGGACCGGAGUGAUGGGGAUGGCGCUUCGAAGAAGAAAAAGCGCAAGAAGAAGGUGAAGAACUAUUUGCUGGAAGAGCUGGCCGAAGUGAAGAAAGAUCGCGUUGCUCAGGCCCUGCAGCACAAGCUCGAACAGAUCGAACGCCGUAAACAGCUGAAAAAGGAGCGUCGCCAAGCAAAGAAAAUGUUGCAGAAUGGGGAAAACGGGGCCGACAGUCCGGCGGUUGGUAUUGGCGCCAAACUGGAGAAAGUAAAACGCAAAAAGGAAAAGAAGGAAGCGAUACGCAAACUGCUAAAUGGGUCGACCGAGGAAGUAACCGUCGAGGAGCCACCAAAGCCCAUUGUGCGUGCUGCCGUAUCGGCCUAUGCCGCAUUACGUCUCACUGAAACAAUCCAAGUAUCCGAUGCUCCAAACGCCGUCUCGAACGGCACCUCUUCCAACAGUGUUGGAAAGAAGCAGAAGCAUGCUGCUGCAUCGCAACAAAAGCCACGGAAGGGAGAAACGAUGCAAGCAUCAACAUCCGCUACCGUUCCGAAGAAGAGCCUGAGUGUAACGGAUGCCACCAUCCAUGAAGAUGCUAAACGGAAGACUGCAGCAGUUGCCGUUGUGUCGCACAGCGAUGGUCAACUAGUGGUUGGCAAGAAGGCAAAAGUGCGUGCUGCUCAUGGCGCGUUUGAACAGCAGCAACAGUCGCAACCGAAGAAGGUGGUACCGGUUUUGGGAGAACAGAAAAACAACGAUUUGCCGGUCAAGUCCUCGAAGAAAUCGCAACUCCUGAAGCUGAAACCCGGCAAAGCGGCAGCGGAAGCUUCGGUGUUGGAAAACCCUGUCACAAAGAAGGAGAAACUCAAUUCAAAGGUGGCAAUCAAAUCAUCGGCAAGUCUACCGCCGCCCACUGCUACAAUCGUUUCAAAAGCCCUCCGUGAAGUGCGAGCCACAUUCGAUCAUUCGAAAGAAGUUAAAGCAUUGAAAGAGAAGAAAAAGCUAAAGAAAACACAAAACGAAAAUGUUAAUGAAGCCGCAAACGGCACGCCUGCCCCAGUUGUAAAGCUGACGAAACGAAAGCGAUCGCUCGAGGAUGGUGGUGCCACCGUCGCCGGUCCGCUAACACCAAAACCACCGGCAAAACAGAGCAAACUUAAAGCGUUGCAACGAUUGGUCAACGAUUUCGUCGAGAUUUCCGUUACGCCCGAGAAGGAGCGUUUGCGGCGCAACUUUGGCUUCGAAGAGCGACAGGCGACACCCAAACCGGUCGGUUUUAAGGUACGAUCCGUGCUGCCAACGGAAGCAGAAGAAUUACGUUCCAUGGGCGAAGGUGGUCGUAAAAUGAAGGGAAAGCCAUCGGGUGCUUCCAUACCGGAGCCCAACCAUAGCCUUCCACUGCCCGUUUGGACCAGUUCCGGAUUCUUCUUGGAGCAAGAUGAUCUUCCGAAGAAAUCCAACAAAACUGCCGCUGGAGCCGGGGCACCGCCAAAACGGGAUACUGAUAAGGCGAACAACAACUACAUACCGGUAAAGGAGCAUCGCGGCUUCAAGCUGAAAACGUUGCGACAGGGUGGUUCCAAGGGUGGCGCCGCAGCAAACCCUAACCGUAUCGAUACAUCCACCGUCAGCAGCUCCAUUCUUAGCUUCAAACGACAGCAGCUGCUCGACCGGACGGCUCAUUUGCGCGAGAAGAAGGCGAAGUAAGCGGUGGUCGUCGCGUUGCGCCUAAUAUUCGUACAUUGUGUUCUGCAUACUCUAAAAAUGAACAUUUUUUUCUUUUCUUUAAAACGUCUGUAUCGUCACAAUGAGGUUUCGGUAAACUUCAAUGAUUACUUUAUUCCACUAUUUGUGUUUUUUCCUCAUUGUUAAUUAUCCUAAUAAAAAACACUACGCGAGAA